AGAACAGCAGCUGGCUCAACCUCCACAGAAGGCGGGCCAGUCACCAUGGCGAGGCCAAUCCUGGGCGGCGCCCGUUCGCGGGUGGCGGUGGGUCCCGGACUCUUAGAGGCGGAAGAGCACGGGCCGGUCAUGCUUCAUGGAACGCUCUGGUUGCUGCUGCUGCUGCCACUGCGCCUCCCGGGCACGCAGAGCCACCGUGGCGCCACAAGCCCGCGGCAGGAGGCGGAAGAGCAGUCCCCUUGGCCGGGCGUCCAACGCCUGCAAGAGCAGCUGAAGACGGUCGGGUCCCUCUCCAGACGGUACUGGGCGUCCUUCAGUUGCACUGUGUGGCCCGAUCACUGUGAGGACCAGGAGGCCCCCACGCCGCCUCUGGACUGGAGCCUUCCUCUGUGGGGCCGGCGGGCCCUGGAUAGCUUCACCAAAUGGUUCUGCCGCUUCCAGGACUGCUGCAACAGUGGCGGGGACUGCAGGAUCACCAACAACUUUACAGGCUUAGAAUCAGACCUACGUUUGCGACUUCAUGGCCAGCAUCUGGCUAGCAAGCUGGUUCUAAGAGCAGUGAGGGGCUACUUAGAGACACCCGAAGUUCAUAAGGCCUUGGCUCUGUCAUUCCAUGGCUGGUCCGGCACAGGCAAGAAUUUCGUGGCACGGAUGCUGGCAGCGAACCUGUAUCGGGAUGGGAUGAGGAGUGACUGUGUCAAGAUGUUUAUCUCCACAUUCCAUUUCCCCCACAGCAAGCAUGUGGACAUGUACAAGGAAGAGUUGCGGUGGCAGAUGCAGGAGACGCGGCUGCGUUGCCACCAGAGCAUGUUCAUCUUUGACGAAGCGGAGAAGCUGCACCCAGGGCUGCUGGAGCUGCUGGGACCGCACCUGGAACCCAGGGUCCCCAAGGCCCAGGGCGUGGAGCCGCCGAGACCCUUCUUCCUCUUUCUCAGUAACCUUGGGGGCAGCAUCAUCAGUGAGAAGGUCCUGAGUUUGCUGAAGGCUGGAUGGUCCAGGGAGGAAAUUACGAUGCAGCAUUUGGAGACCCCUCUUCAAGCUGAGAUCAUGCAGUCUGCAGACAGUGGCUUUGGCUCCAGCCGUCUUGUGAAGGAAAACCUUAUUGACUUCUUUGUCCCCUUCCUGCCAUUGGAGUACUACCACGUGUGGCUGUGUGUCCGAGACGCCUUCCUGAGCCAGGAACUCCCAUACACAGAAGAGGCCCUGGAUGAAAUUGCCAAGAUGAUGACAUAUGUCCCCGAGGAGGAGCGGCGUUUCUCAUCUCAGGGCUGCAAAUCCAUUUCCCAGAGAAUCAACCUCUUCCUGCCUUGAAAGUGUCUCCUUGUGCUCCCUGGAACGGUCUUCCUCUACCAGAGAGGCCCUGGAUCUGCCAGGCCUCUAGCACCACUGCUCCAGCUGUGUGCAGAAGGUGGGCCUGAACAGAGUCAGUUAUUAAAUCACUUGAUGCCUUGAAGACCUGCAUUCUAGACAUUCUAUAAUGUAGGCCAGAAAGUCAGAAAGCCAUCGGGAAGUCCAACAGGCUCUUGGGACCACAGCUCAUCCCAGAAAGUGGCUGGAGUAUGAGCCUGAGGCUACAGAGUUCUUGGGCUACAGAACAUGAAAGAACAACUGUGGCUCGUCAGCAGUGUGCUCUAUUCAGGUCUAUAGAUGUGGGCUAGCUUUCCAGAGGAUGGGGGUCAGCUUUGGGGUGUGAGCAGAUCGGCAAAGGGACUUAGGGUAAAGGGAAAAACCACAUGCUUUGACGGGGGUGUGGCACAUACCUGUGAUCUCAGGACCAAGCAGGCUAAUCCAGGAGAGCAAGCUCAAGAGACCUGAGCUGCCUGAUGAGUUUGACAAACAAAACCCACAGAUGUGUAGCUAAGGCACAUUCUGUUCUAUAGACUGAAAACUUUUUAAUUAGGAGCCUCGCUAUGAACUGUCAUAUAUGUAGAUUAAAUUUUGUAUUUUUCUAACA